AGGGACUACUCGUACCAUAGCAUGAUCGCGGGCGCAUACUGGAAUGGCAUGUCAGACGAGGAGAAGGCGCCGUUCGAGCGACUCGCCGAGAUUGCCAAGGAGGAGCACGCGCGUCUCUACCCAAAUUACAAGUACGCACCCGCGGCGCCGGGGCAGAAGAAGCGCAAAGGGAGUCGCACGAGCAAAGCGGAGCGGGAGCGUUGCAAG